AUGUCGGGUCUCACCUACCGUCACCUACCCCGCACUUUUUUCGUUACACCGCGUUUAAAUCCUGCUGAAGGGAAAGCUGGCCGCGCAUCCUCACCUGUUUUAUCUAGGAAUGCAUACCUGAAAACCAGUCAGCAAAUGGCCCCCCCGCCAGGCCAAACGUAUCCAUUUCGAAAACCACAGCCGUAUGAUGCAUUUCUCGUUGUGGACUUCGAGGCGACUUGCAUAGCGACCUCGCGAUUUAAUUAUGCAAAUGAGAUUAUUGAGUUUCCUGUAGCGUUACUUAAAUGGGAAGACAAAACUUCCGACGGAACAGCUAGUCAACUAGCCAUUGUAGACGAAUUCCGUUCAUUCGUCAAACCUACAUGGAAGCCCAUUCUCUCAGAAUAUUGUACGACUUUGACUGGAAUAACACAAACCCAAAUUGAUGAAGCUCCAUCGCUUUCGGAAGUGUUUUCGUUACUCAAAGUAUUCAUGGCAAAACAUAACCUCAUCGACAAGGAUACGGAGCAAAGUUUGACCCGUUUCUGUUGGUGUACUGAUGGACCAUGGGAUAUUCAAGAUCUUCUACUGAAAACAUGUUUCAUCUCCAAGACCCCCAUGCCGUGUUGGAUGCAAGGUAAUAUACUGGACGUUAGAGCGCAAGUUACUUCUUGGAUGCAUGCCCAGGCAAGACGAUUACUACCUCAUGACCUACUGUUUCCUCAAACUAUGCAGAAUCCCAACAACCGACCCCGCCCCUUGGGCAUAGUACGGCAGUUAAACGCUCUUGGGCUGCCAGAUUUUGAAGGCAGUUUACAUUCCGGGAUUGACGAUACUCGCAACAUCGCUAGAAUAGUCACUGAGCUUGCGCGCAGAGGCAUCGCUCUCAGACCAAACCUGGGCAUCAAUGUUCACCGCCGCUGGCCCUGGAUGGGAAAGAAUGGCAAAGUUAUCGAGGAGUACAUAUAA